AUGGGAUCCAUAUGUAUAGCGAAACAGCAAAAUUUCGCUUCUAUUACUUAAAGUGACAUAGAAGUUGCUGAAGAAUAAGCCAUUAAUGAUUAGAUUAGUACUAUGUCAUGCAAUUUUAUUUCAACUUUGGAACUACAGUUUAAAAGUACAACUUCAUCAAAUGAGUUUGAACAAUAACAAACCAAAAAGAUGAAGUUAUCAUAGAGUCAUCAAUAAAUUAUAAAGAAAGGUAUUCUAAAGAAUACUAAUCCUUAUUAUGAGGAAGAGUUAAGAUUACUUUAAAAAACAAUAAAAGAGAGUCAAGAAAGUAUGUAUAGUGAGAAAAUAGUGAAUUACUUAAAGGCUCGUAAAGGUUAAGGAUAAUAUGAAAUAAAUUUAUGA